CUGUAAGAAAAAAAGCCUUUAUUCUAAGACAGGGAUACAUUUUAAAAAGUGUCUUUUUAAUAUAUAGCCCUGUCUUAGAAUAAAGUUUUUUUACUUGGCUUAUUUUGUGAGUGCCUGGAUGUGGCUUUUUUUGUGUGUGUGUGUGUGUGUGUGUGUGUGUGUGUGUUUUGCAGUGGGAUCCACUGUUCAUUUUUGAUAUUUUGUUCCCUCUCUGGAGCACCCAUAGUUUUGCCUGAGAUUACCUGAUGCGCCGCUGGUCAAGAUUUUUUUCUUUGAUUACUACUAUUUUACCUAUUCGUCACAAGUUUGCCUGCCCAUCCAGUCCUGAUGGUUAAUGUGAGCGAUCAAAUUAUUUUGAGGAUUGUUCUUCUGGGGAAGAGUGUGUCAGAAAACAGUCAAGUGGGAAACUUCAUAUUAGGACGGGCAGCGUUUGACAGUGAAGCUCCUCCAAAUGUCGUAGAGAGAGUCGGAGGAAGACUGAAGAACAGACAUGUGAUCAUCAUCAACAGUCCUCAGCUGCUCCAGACAAACAUCUCAGAUCAUCAGAUCACACAGACAGUGAGAGAGUGUGUGUAUCUUUCUGAUCCAGGACCUCACGUGAUCGUUCUGCUCCUCAAACAUGAGCAGUGUUCAACAGAAGAUCAAGAGUGUGUGGAGAAAGUGCUGCAAUCUCUAUCUAAGCAGACUUUUCAACACACCAUGGUGCUCAGCACACAAGAGCCCACUGAAACUAAUGAAAUCCUACAGAAAAUCAUUCAGAAAUGCUGCAACAGACACUUCAGUCUUCAGAGAAGCAGAUCUCCUGAUCAUCUUCUGCAGAUGUUUGAGGACAUUGUGCAAAUGAAUGAUGGACACCACCUGGUUUGUGAGCAACAGGCCACAGAAAGAACAGGUGUAACACAUGAUAAUCUACGAAUUGUGCUGCUGGGAAAGAUUGGUGUUGGAAAGAGUGCAACAGGAAACAAUGGCGGCUCCUGGACCACAUGUGUUUCUGCUGGUGAUUCAACUGGGACGAUUUACUCAAGAGGAAAAAGAUGCUGUGAAGAUGAUCCAGGAGAUGUUUGGAGAGAAAUCCACAGUGUACACCAUGGUGCUUUUCACUAGAGGAGAUGAACUUAGAGAAAGAAGAAUUGAAGAUUUUAUUGAAAAUGAUGCUAGUUUAAAGAACAUCACCCAACAGUUUGGUAAUAGAUACCAUGUGUUCAAUAACAAUGAGACUGAAGAUCAGACGCAAGUUUCUGAGCUGCUGGAGAAAAUUGACUGUUUGCUGACCGAAAAUGGAGGGAGUUUCUACACCAAUGAGAUGUUCCAGCAGGUGGAGAAGAACAUCAAAGAGGAACAAGAGAGAAUCAUGAAAGAGAAAGAAGAAGAGAUCAAGAGAAAAGAAGAAGAGCUGAAAGCCACAUAUGAAGAUGAAAUAGAACAAAUGAAGAAAGAAAAUGAAAGAGUAAGACAAGAAAUGCAGAAUGAACUGAGAAGGAGAGAAGAAUAUUUCAAAAAGAGAGAAGAAGAGAUCAAGAAAGAAACAGAUGAGAAUGUACGAAAAGAGCUGCAGAGAAAACUGGAGGAGCAGCAGAAACUAUCUGAAGAGGAGAAUAAAAGACGACAGAAAGCUUUAGAAGAACAUCAGCAGAAAUUCAUAAAUCACCUGGAAGAAAAACAUGAGACAGAAAAACAAAAACUACAGGAAAUAAUUCAACAUGAAACAAGACAACAAGCAGAACGUGAAAAUCGUACAAAACUAGAGACAGAAGUGGCAAGAGCUUUAAAAGAAGCUGAAGCAAAAUUACCAUACAGAUCAAAGCGAGCUCGUGACUGGGGUGACUAUGUUCCUCUUGUUGGAGGAGCUUUUGGAGUAGUUAUUGGUUUUCUUGAAGACACUGCAUACUGGAUUGUGAGACUAUUAUAUCCUCAACAUCAAGCUCAAAAUCAAACUGAACGGUGCACUGAAAAAAAAACUGUUUUUACAUUUUAGUUUUUACAAAUGUAACUUAAAUUUACAUUUAAAAACUGUUUUUUAUUAACUGAUAUAAUGUUAAUAUACCAACCUAUUAAAAUACUGAAAUCUGUUUAGAUCCUUUGUAAUAAACUGAUAACCACCAAAAGCAGAUGGUGAUGAGAAAGUCACAUGAUGGACCAAAAUGCAUCUCAAGCAGCUUUUAGACAAGCUGAGAAAGAAAAUACUAAUAAAUAAAGAAGGUGCACAAUGUCAUUCAUACAAACACUAAACACCAUCAUGGAAGAAAAUGAAUGACAAAUGUCUUUGAAACAAAAAAAAGCAUGUUGAAUAGCCAUAACUGAAAAAAAAAAUUGCACUGCAUUAAGAGUGCUUGCAUUUUAACACCUUGUAUUUCCAGGGCUUGCAUUUUUAGGUCCUGAAAUGUAAAAUAGUUGGUUAUUUAAGCUGUGAAUAUUUUAAUUUGAAAGAUUUCACACACAUUUUUACAAUUAAAAAUUCAAUAAUUCAUAUGCACCUUCCACAAUACACUUCCAAAAUAUUCAAUCUGUUUAAAAAAUAUGAUGUAUAAUAUUCGCGAGGCAAAUUUCGGUCCAUUUUAUUUCACUUUACAAAUUAGUUUCCACAGAUUCAGUGGUUCAAAUUAGGCAUUUCACAUCUGGGACCACCAGGAAUAGCAGUAGAGCACCGAUGCACGAUCUCCAGCUGCUGUCAGUCGCUCACCAGCAGGUGAUGCAGGCGGCUCUUGAUGAAGGCCAAAGCAUAUAUAUAUAUAUAAGCUCAUCUGCCCUGGCCACUGGCCACUACAGUUAUUUACCAAAAGGUUUUUUUUGUUUUUUCAUGUUCCAAAGGUUGUAGUUUGUUUCUAGUAAGACUGUCUUACUUCAUGUGAAAUUUUGCCUUAAGUAUCUCUCUUACUGUAUGCACUGUUCACAAUUAUUUAAAACAAAAACAAAAAAAUCGGUAAGACCCCAAAAUGGAUUUCUCCUAUAGUAAGUCAGUCUAGUAAGGCGAAUUAUUGGCAAUAUAUAUGUAGUAAUUUUGCCCUCUACUAUUAUUUACUGUAAACAUUAAUUUGAAUUAUUGGACUUUGUUUUGUACUGUGAGGAAAAUUUGCUGACGGUCCCUAAGGCAGC